AUGGAGCCAAGAGGCCAGUGGAAUAAUAAAAUGGAGUUUAUGCUCUCCAUGGCUGGGAAGAUCAUCGGCCUGGGCAAUGUCUGGAGAUUCCCUUAUCUCUGUUACAAAAAUGGAGGUGGUGCCUUCUUUAUCCCCUACCUCAUCUUCCUCUUCACCUGUGGGAUCCCAAUGUUCUUCCUGGAGACAGCGUUAGGACAGUACACCAGCCAGGGAGGGGUCACCGCCUGGAGGAAGAUCUGCCCUCUCUUUGAAGGAAUUGGAUACGCCUCACAAGUCAUCGAAUCCUAUCUGAAUAUCUACUACAUCGUCAUCCUAUCUUGGGCUAUCUUCUACCUGUUCAGCUCCGUUACUGCUGUGCUUCCCUGGGCCACCUGUAAUAAUCCUUGGAACUCAGAUCGCUGCGUGGACUUUCUGAAUCACUCUAACGUGGAGAACUGGACAGCGCCUGCUAAUGCCACCUCCCCAGUUACUGAGUUCUGGGAGAAGCGAGCCCUGGGGCUCACAGACGGUAUUCACAAUCUGGGCACUGUGCGCUGGGAGCUGGCUCUCUGCCUCCUGCUCGCCUGGGUCAUCUGCUACUUCUGCAUCUGGAAAGGAGUCAAGUCCACAGGCAAAGUUGUUUACUUCACUGCCACAUUUCCCUACUUGAUGCUUUUUGUCUUGCUGAUUCGAGGGGUCACCCUGCCUGGUGCUGCUGAGGGGAUCAUGUUCUACCUGAAGCCAGACAUUUCCAGGCUUGCAGAUGCACAGGUGUGGAUGGAUGCAGGCACUCAGAUCUUCUUCUCUUAUGCUAUCUGCCAGGGGUGCCUGACAGCCUUGGGCAGCUACAACAAGUACAAUAACAACUGUUACAGGUAG